AGAAGCUCACGGUCUAAUUAUGAAGAACAUCUCAAUUUUAAUUGUCUUUAUGCUUGUUAGCAUCCUUGCUAUAGGUAGCAUUAGUAUGACUGAAGGGAUAAUAAAUGAUCCGACACAUUGCUGCACCCCCGAGUCGGUUGAUUGGUUGCCGUUUUGUUGCUGUCUUACUGGAAAACCGAUUACGGUAGAAAACUGUGGUAGUAAAAGUAAAUGUUAUGUUACCUUUCAAGAAUGUUUAGAAAAUUGUUCUAUUAGUACGUGUGAUGUACCAGAUUUCAAGUUUCAAACAAUGAAGACAACUAAGUAA